CACGCACACAGCGGAGACUGCUCGACUCCCGCGCGCUCGUGCUUUCAGAACAAGCUGUGCAGAGCUCGUGUUAAUUAAGCGGUGCAAACCGAGCGCGCGUGCAUCUUGUGAACCGCGGAACCGCGACCGUUUCGGAUUGCUGGUCGCUCAGCUCGAGAUUUUCAAAAAAAAUAAGGGACUGUCCAGUAUAAUCACCACCAGAACACGAUGUCCUCUCUCCGGUCAUCGGUUAUGACUCUGCGAAUAGUGAUCGAUUCAAGCUAAAGUGGAUGUAAGAAAAAAAGAAGUACAUAUUUGAUUCUGCUCGCGGUCCUUCGACUCAUUCUCAGCAUGUCCCAUGCAGAAGUAGAGGUGUCCGGCCUCGGCUUUCCGAGUUUACCUGUUGAUCUGGACGCGGACUGUCUGUCCCGAGUGCCGCCGCUUCGGGCGCACGCGCUCAGCGCGAGGAGGAACUCGUACGUGCUUCACAAACUGGAGCUCGAGCCACAGUUUUUCAGCGCGCCAUCAUGGUCCGACGAAAAUGUCUUAGCCGAAAGACAGACGGAGGAAUCAAAAGCCGUCGAUACUCCUCCGUCUUCGGCGUCUCCGCAGUCCUCACCAUCCAAAGCGCAGUGGGACGGUGCGGUUCCGGUGGCUGUGGCGCACGGCGCGAGCUCGGAUUCGGACACCGAGCCCACGAAAAGCAACCCAAAGUUGAUCAAAAGACUCGACAGCCGAUGGGAGCAAGAGGAGAAGGAGGAUGUGGAGACCAAAGCCGUGGCUACAUCUCCCGAUGGCCGAUACCUGAAGUUUAACGUGGAGAUCGGCAGAGGCUCGUUUAAGACCGUCUAUAAAGGUUUGGACACGGAGACCACAGUGGAGGUGGCAUGGUGCGAGCUGCAGACAAGGAAACUGACCAAAGUGGAGAGGCAGCGCUUCAGCGAGGAGGUGGAGAUGCUGAAGAACCUGCAGCACCCAAACAUUGUUCGCUUUUAUGACUCCUGGAAGUCCACAGUGAAAGGGCACAAGUGCGUCCUGCUCGUCACAGAACUCAUGACCUCUGGCACCCUCAAAACGUACCUGAAACGCUUUAAGGAAAUGAAGCCUAAGCUUCUUCAGCGCUGGAGCCGUCAAAUACUAAAAGGACUCCACUUCCUGCACACUCGUGCUCCUCCCAUCAUCCACAGAGACCUGAAAUGUGACAACAUCUUCAUCACGGGACCCACAGGCAGUGUAAAAAUUGGCGAUCUCGGACUUGCUACGCUCAAAAGAGCAUCGUUUGCUAAGAGCGUAAUCGGAACACCAGAGUUUAUGGCUCCGGAAAUGUAUGAGGAGAAAUAUGACGAGGCUGUCGAUGUCUACGCGUUUGGGAUGUGCAUCUUAGAGAUGACGACAUCCGAAUAUCCGUACUCAGAAUGCCAAAAUGCGGCACAAAUCUACCGCAAAGUCACAAGUGGCAUGAAACCGGACAGCUUCUACAAAGUGAAAGUCCCUGAGCUGAAAGAGAUUAUAGAAGGAUGCAUACGUAUGAACAAAGAUGAAAGAUACACCAUUCAGGACCUGCUGGAGCAUGUAUUCUUUCAGGAGCACAAUGGUGUGCGCGUGGAGCUGGCAGAAGAGGAUCAUAUGGAGAAGUCCAGCCUGAAGCUCUGGCUGCGCAUGGAUGGCACCAAGAAGCUUCAUGGCAAGUACAAGGACAACAAUGCCAUCGAAUUCCUGUUUGAGCUCUACAAGGAUGUGCCUGAAGAGGUGGCACAGGAGAUGGUGGUGCUGGGGUUUGUGUGUGAAGCCGACUACAAACUGGUCGCCAAGGCAAUGCGGGACCGAGUGACGGCCAUCAAACGGCAACGGGAGAGGCAGCGCAGGGUACGAGAGGAGGAGAAGAAGAAGCAGGAGACCAUUGAGGAGGAACCUGAGUCACCUUUGCCUAAGCCCAUUGGCCAAGUCCUGCACAGCCCUGUCUCUUCGCCAGUGCAGAUCCCGCCCAUUCUGCCUCUUCAUGACCGUCCUCCUGUCUCUCCGGUUAUUUCCCCUGAUUAUGGGAGCAGUGGGGGCUUUUUACAAGAGCCAGAAGAACCAGAGGCCGACCAACACUUUCACAUCCGCCACACCAGCUAUUCCUCAAUUACAUCUGAUUGUGAGACAGAUGGCUAUCUCAGUCCCUCUGGCUUACAGGAUGGCCUUGAUGCUGCUAUAGGAAACAUUUGCAGCCCUUCAACCCCACCCUCUAAUGUGGCCACACCCCCUGUCACGCCCACCCCGACUCCACCCAUGCCGCUUCUCCGCUUUCCGUCGAGCAUUGCUGUGUGCAAUAAUAUCGACAAAAAAGUAUCAGAGCCUCCCAGUCCUUUCUCCUCAUCCGUGGACAGCUAUGCCUCGGAUGUGACCUCAGGUCUGAGCGACGGCUACGAGGGCCAAUCAGAGAGGGCCACUAAGUCAGCUGCCCGACGCACGGCGGCGAAACUGUUCAAGAGAAGAGCUCGGUCCCGCCUGCGCAUCACAGGGCUAUCUGAUAAAGUGGACCGGGUGGUGGAGUGUCAGCUUCAGACGCACAAUGAUAAAAUGGUCACGUUCAAAUUUGACCUCGAUGGUGACAACCCCGAAGACAUCGCUGCUGUUAUGGUGCAUAACGAGUUCAUCCUUCCGUCCGAGAGAGAUGGCUUUAUUCAUCGAAUACGGGACAUCAUCAAGCGAGCAGAGUCUCUAAUGGGCAAAGAUUUGGCUGGGCAGCAGGGCAAACAAGAAGCCAUGCAUUUCCCACAGCAUAACACUGCCAGCUCCAUUUCCUCAUCGCAGCCAAACCUGCACAAUCUUGCUCGAACACAUUCCACCUCCUCUCUGCCAGAGCCCCGUGGCUCAGUAGCAGGGCAGACCGGAGACAUUACAUCACCACCACGUCCCCUUUUACGUUCGCAAUCCUUCCAUAACACACUGGGAACUUCACAUCCGUUCCAUUCCAUGUACCCGUCUGAUCACACCAUGUCCAUUUCAAAUCUUGGCCACAUGCAGCAAUUUCCGAUGUCCAUAAUGACUCCCUCUGCUCAACUUCCCUACCUGUACCCACCCAACCCUGGCUCCCCCAAGCCUGUUCAUCCCUUGCAGUCACAUAUCCCCAGUUACCCCUCCCACCUCAUGUCUGUCCCUUCUGGCAGUCAUGUCUCAGAUUCCACCAGCUCCACUGCCGAUGGCAAUGCCAUGACCUCGCACAUGCCCAGCAUAUGGGCGCCUCAAACUCCUCCGCUUUUCUCCUUGGCAAACAUGCUCUCAAUGGCCAUGAGCAUGGCUCAGUCCUUCAUCCCUCCUCCUAACCUGUCAACCCCAAUGGUGCCACCCAUGCCCUCUCUUCCUGGCUAUCCUCCACACUUCAGUCAUGCUGUACCACCCCAGGCUGGGUAUCCUAUGGCAUAUGCAUCCCAGUAUACAUUGCCUGGGCAAGCAGAGGGGAUAUACCCACCCUGCAAUCCAGAGGUCCAAAAUCUGAACCAAGAUGCUGUGCAUGGUUUUGCUCAAAGGACACAUUCCACAUAUACACAUGCUCCUGGGAUGCCCAUGCAUACAGAUGCGCACAUGCAGCAAAUGUCUAGCAGUAUCCCACAGAAAGAGGUUCAGGGUAGUCUUCCGACACACACCCAGCACUACCCAGUGGACUAUUCUUUGCCACAAGCAUAUACAGAAGCUUUUCCUAGACCAUCACUGGACCAAUCAAGCCUCUCCAGAUCAUCAUCUUCUGGACUGUCAUCUUCCCCAAGACCCAGUCCAGAGAGCAUGGCUUCUUCUUCUAGCCCAAGAUCCCUUUCCCCAUCAGCGGAACCGGACACUAGCACCAGUACAUGUGAGCUCAGAGAAUCUCCUGUUAGCUCUGAGCCAAAACCAGUGGUUACAGUUGGCCGCUUCCAGGUUUCACCUACAAAGGAGAUCCCAGCUGUCUCUUCACAUGCUGACGAAAACCCCAGCAUAUCUCCUGCCCUGACACCUGUGGUUUCACCAGACAUUUCCAUUUGUUCCUCCCAUGACGAUCAAACUAAGGACCAAACAGUUUUAGAGACAGAUGAAAUCUCGUCCCUAAACCCCACCUUCUCCCAGCACCUCCACGUAGAUGUUCCUCAAGCUGAACACUUCUCCUUGAAUGCUACUCAUGACCAAAGCCAAUCACUGGGCCUUGAACAGAACUUGUUAUCUGAGGCUCCUUGUGAUGUUUUCUGUCUCCAUGAACAUUCUCAACGAGAUAUUAAAACCACCUGGACUGAUGAGAACAAAGAAGAAGAGAAAGAGGAAGAGGUAGAACAGCAUAGUGGUGACAAGGAGCCAGAUGAAGACGAUGAGGUCCAGGAGGAGCAGCAGCAGAGGAAGAAGAAAACCCGAAGGCUUGGUUCUGUACAGUCUCUGACUGGGACAUCGGUAGACAGCGGGCUUUGCGUCAUUAUGGAUCCAGACGGGAACAUGGGGGACGGGAUUAUGGACAGCCCUCAAUGUCUUGUCCCUCACCACAACAUGUGGAUGAGCUACACACGCACCAAUUCCUACAUAAGCAGCGACGAAUCGGAAAGCGAGGACGAGGAGAUGUGGGAUGAGCUGCAGGAGCUAAGGCAGAAGCAUUUGUAUGAGGUGCAGACUCUGCAGGCGGUGCAGAAGCAGGAAAUACAGGAGCUCUAUGAGCGAAUGGGGAAAGUGCCUCCUCCGUGCAUCCUUUCACCGGCAACUAUGUUGUCCAGUCGGCAGCGUCGGCUGUCUAAGGGAGGAGGAUUUCCCUCGUCUCGUCGCAACAGCCUUCAGAGACUGGAUAUUCUCCCAAUCACAGGAAUGAUAAGGAAGAACUCUGUAAGUGGCAGCAGCACCAGCAGCAGCAGCAGCACUUCACAGGAACGACCUGCUAAAGGUGUGACCUUCACUCCUGACCUGACCAGAAUGUAAACAUCCGUGACCAAGCCUGUUGGCGGAACUAGAUUAGACUACCUCAUCCAGCACAUGCCUGCUGUACUCUUACUCAUUCUACUGAGGAAAGAAGACUUUACACACACAGAUCAAAGCCAUUUGCUGCUGGCGGAAGAGUCGCGUGUCAGCAGUACUUCCUGUUCAGACAGAUACAGGGUCUCGGACACUGUCCCAGAUUAUACUAGCAGUCUUCCCACACUGUUGGUCUGCAACCCAAGGAAAAUGUACUCUUAGGUCCAGAUGCGAAAUCCACACUGUGUUCUUCAAUACUAAAACACGUGACCAUGUAUACAGACAUUGCUGCAGUGUGUUCAUACACCAGAUCACGCUUUAAUAGACACUAAAAUGAACUUCCACUACUGCCAUGCAAAACUGUGCUGCUGUGAGGGAUGCUGUUGUGGCUACCGUUUCUGUGGUGAGCUCAGUGACGUGAGAGUAACACGUAAAUUUCUGAUAGCUCACCAGUGGCUCAUUAGUGACUCAGGCCUGGCCAUGUCCUUUGCACUUUUCUAAAAUAAACCGCCUGUAGAUGCAGCUGUCAGACCUGCUGAACAGGCAUGUGAUUCCUCUGGCUGUGUCUAUAUGUGUGUGUGUGUAUAUAUAUAUAUAUAUAUAUAUAUUAGUGAGUGAGAGAGAGAGAGAGAGAGAGAGAGAGAGAGAGAGAGAGAGAGAGAGGGAGGAUGGUAGAUGUCUUGUGAAUGUUUCCUGACUUUGUGCUGUAGUAAAUGUGACAUUUCACAACAGUCCUGAUCAAAGAAACCCAGUUUAACAUGACAUUGCUAUAACUGCUGCCUGAUAUACUGUAUACUUUAAAAUGUAAAUGUGUAUUUUAGUUUCUGGGGUAUAUUUCUCCUCUAUACAUGUCUGUAUUUUACCUUUUACAUUGUUAAUGUGAAUCAAAACUGGAUCCGAUUGUUGUACAGUUACAGAAUAGAAUCAUGCAUUAUACAAGUAUUCGACUACAUCAUUACUUAAAGAUAUGUUCAAGCAGUGCAGCUCAGAAUCGACUCUUCUUGUGUACAUAAAAAAAAUGGAUAUACCUUUAUUUCCGGCCAUACGAUCAAUGAUUAUAAAAGGUAUAUAUAGAGGCUACUAAUUGACCAAAAUGCACACAGCACUUCAGCAGAGCAGCCGUUCCGAUCAAAAUCACAGACAAUGCAGCCCAAGAAUAAGGUUGAAUAGCUAUUUAUCUUUCCGGUAUUGUUUUAGCUCCUUUUGCUUUGAUGCACUUUGGUUUGAAGAUCAUUCUUGAUUACUUGGGGAAAUUAAAGCCAGAUCUUACCUUGUCAAAUUUCAUGAAUAAAUAUUCUGUAAUCUGUAUUCUUUACCUAAAUGCUGACUUCAAACAUUUGAAAAGGAUAAAAAAAAAAACCUUAUAUAUGUUAAUGUUUAAAUUGAUAGAAAGUUAAGUUGUUUACAUUCAUAUUCCUACAUUAAUAAAAUUGUUGUUAAUUCAUCGCAAACUGUGAAAUAGCACAUGUUGCCUUUAAAUAAGCAGUGAAUUAAAAAGAAGA